AUGACCGCGCAGGUGCUUCAGGUACGGUCACUGUACCGCCAAUUUCUGCGCGAGCUACCUGCUCGCUCGCCAUCAAUCCUUGCCAAUCCAUCUCCCCUUCAACAGCAUAUCCGCGCAGACUUCCUGUCUGGCACGUCCGAAGGUAUCUCUCCGAACAGCGAGAACAGAUUAUCAUCAACACUCGAGGAGGCCGAGCAGUAUCUGCAUUAUCUGAGAGCGCAGCGCAAGUAUAUAACGCUGAUUGAGCGCUAUAAUCCUGGCAUGAACAUGAGCGAAGAAGAUAGAGUCCGCUUGACGGCACGACGAGUUGGCAUGGACUUGCCGGUUGAAAUGGAGAAGGGUGGCAAGGAGUGA